AUGCUAUCCUUACAAGCAAAGAACGGUGAUAAUACCACGAUUUUAUCUUUUAGUAGUGAUGCAUUGUCCUUUGAAUCGAAAAAUAAAAUUGGUGGCAUUCGAAUUAUAGUCAAGGCGCUAAUUCCACAUGGAAAAUUAGUAUUGAAGUUGAAUACCUUUUCUUUUGAUGUCUUGGAUGAGGAAAUUGCUAAAUUAUGGAUCGAAAACGUAAAUGCUAUUGUAUAUAAAGAUACUAAAAAAGAGAAAAGACUCAAGAUAUUCAUUAAUCCUUUUGGCGGAUCUGGUAGAGCAAUGAAAAUCUUCAAUAAUUCCGUUAAACCAAUAUUUGAUGCAGCAAGGUGCAAAUAUGACAUUACUUUAACGGAAUAUUCGAAUCAUGCCAAAGAAAUUGUUAAAGAUUUGGAUCUAAAAGAUUAUGACACCAUCGUUACGGCGAGUGGUGAUGGAAUCGUUCACGAAGUCAUCAAUGGACUCUUAUCACGUGAUGACGCACUUGACAUCGAUAUUCCAAUUGGGGUUGUUCCCGCAGGUAGCGGAAACGGAUUGAGUUUUUGUCUCUUGGGAAACGAUCACGGUAAUAGCGCGUCGCAUGCCGCUCUAAACGUCGUCAAAGGCGUUCCAAUGAAAAUUGAUGUGUGUUCAGUGACACAAGGAAAUCAAAGAUAUUAUUCUUUCAUGACAAUAAAUUAUGGUAUAAUAGCCGAUUGCGAUUUGUCAACAGAACAUUUGAGAUUUAUGAAGGAUUUACGGUUCGUGGUUGGUGCCUUACAAGCAUUAUUAGCAAAUCGAAGAUAUGGUUGUGAGAUAGCUAUGAAAGUUGUCGAGGAUAAUAUUGAGAAAAUUAAACAAGGAUAUCAUAAAACAUAUGAUGCAUCAACAUCAUGUAUCGAAGACAAUCGAGAUAAAUCGGAGGGGAUUAAGGAUAAGUUUGGAAGUGUAAAUGAUCCGAUCCCAUCAGAUUGGACCGUUUUAAAUGAUGAUGGAUAUAUCUUCAUCGCAGGCAAGAUCCCAUGGAUAUCCAAAGGACAAAUUGUAUUUCCUUGUGCGUUACCAUCUGAUGGACUCUUAGAUUUAAUGGUCGUUAAUACUGAGAAAGUAUCAAGAAUGAAAGUUGCAAGUAUAUUGACCUCAUUUGAAGAAUCAUCUCAUAUUAACAUGAAGGAGGUCAAUUAUUAUAAGGUAGCGGCGUUGCGAUUAACCCCCAAAAACAAAGAUGUUGGAUACAUUAGCAUUGAUGGAGAAAGGGUUCCAUUUGAACCAUUUCAGGUCGAAGUACAUUCUAAAUUAAUAAAUGUGCUAAGUAUAGACGGGAGAUAUGCUUCUACAAACGUAUAG